AUGUGCGCAAAACUCUGCGCACCCGAGCUUUGAUGUUUUCCAAGCGACGGAAGCUCUCGAAGUUUGGCGUCGGUGCGGGUGUGUGGCAGUGCUGGUUGUUCGUAUUUUACGAUGUCCGCACUGCUUAGAUCAGCGAAGUUUUUGCGUCUUUUCAGUGGUUUCGCGCGUAACUUCACAGCUGGACCCGUCAGAAAUGAAGCCGACAACUUCCUCGGAAAUCACAAACCCCAAUGGCAGGGUAUAGACACUAGGACAUUGUCCACACAACCAUCAGCUGUGCCUCUGACAGUUGAGAGCAGUAGUGGACUCCAGACACUUGACAGAGCACUGCAGAAAUUGGACUUGGAUAUCAGGAAAACUGGUCGGAUCUCGACCAGGGAAGUGGAAGAGAUUUAUGAGGAAGUCAAGGUCACAGGUGCCAUCAGCAGCUCACAGAGCUUGCUGUUGAUCCGUUGCUGUGGUAACCUGGUUGCGGAGGAGCUUCCCGAACAGAGGACUCAACUGGCACAGAACAUAUGGCAGACACUCCAGUCCAUAGGUGUCCCUAUGGACAUUUCCCACUACAACGCGCUGCUGCGUGUGUACUUGGAGAACGAGCACCCUUUCUCCCCGAGCGAGUUCCUCUCGUACCUGCAUGCCCAGGGCGUGGAGCCGAACCGCGUCACCUACCAGAGACUCAUCUCCAGGUUCUGUCUUUUGGGUGACAUUGAGGGCGCCACCCGCAUCCUCGAACACAUGAAGGAGAACGGUCUAGCCAUCAACGAACAGGUGUUCAACGCCCUGGUCGUCGGACAUGCACGAGCCAAUGACCUGGAGUCGGCGCAGUCGAUGGUGGCCAUGAUGAAGCGCGCCCACCUGGAGCCAUCUGCCGAGACGUUCCGCCACCUGGCCUGUGCGCACGCCGAGCAGGGGGACUUGGCAGGUGUGAAGGCCACCCUGGAGCAGGCCGAACGCGAGGAGGUGGUGCUGCAUGACCGAGAUAUACUGGAGGUCAUCUACAGUCUCACCGUGGCAGGACACAAACAGCAUCUGAAUGAGGUCCUCUCCGGCCUGAAGAAGUCUGCCGGCUUCAACCAGGAGGCGGUGACGGUGAUCCUGCGGCUGGUGAACGCCGGCCACGAGGACGUCGGCUUCAGCCUCCUCCGGACCAUGGUGCUGCCGCAGUCGCAGUCCGGCGAGGCGCUCAGCGUCGGCAACUUCUUCAUCAGGCAGAUGGUCCGCGCCAGACGGCCGCUGCCGGCGAUUCUCCACUACUGUUCGGCUCUGCGCGAGUCCGGUCUGAACCAGAAGGCAGUGCUGGUGGCCCUUCACAAGGCCCUCCAGCUGGGAGAACUGGAGACAGCAGAGGGUCUGCUGCGCGCUCUUCCCGAGCACGGGUUCGCGGUCCGACCGCACUACUUCUGGCCACUGAUCAUCGCAGCCAAACGCAACCAAAGCCUGCCCGACGUGCUGCGCGUGCUGUCGCUGAUGCGCGGCCUCGAGUGUAACGUCGGCAUCGACACGCUGACGGAGCAAGUGCUGCCCGGCCUGGAGACGGCCGUCACCUGGGACAAGCUGCUGUACGAGCUCAACAACAUCGGCGUGCGCUACGGCAUCUCUGCGCCGGCGCUGUGCAAGUACCUGCUCAACAACGAUCAGCUGGCAAUGGCCAACGCUGUGGCUGACAGGUAUAACGUGCUGUUCAGUCCAUUCGCGCUGCGUCAGGCGGUCGCCGGCCAGUACGCCCGCGCCCGCGACCCCUCCGCGGUGCACCUGCUGCACCACAUGUGUCAGGCGGCGUCGGACCUGAACGUGACGACCACGGACGUGACGGACGGCUUCCUCACCGAGCUGCUGCCCAUGUUGAAGGACGACCGCGCCGCCGCCGUGGAGGCCAUGCUGGAGGCGAUGCUGCAGCGCGGCCUGGGCAUCUCGCCGGGCUGUGCGGGGACCGUCCAGGCGGCCCUGUCGGACGGCUGUACGGACCGCUGCUGUCAGCUGCUGGAGCAGCUCAGUCAGUCGGAGCUGGCGCCGACCGGGCCGCCCUCCGACUAUAGCGCUCCGCGGCCCCAGCAGUCCCAGCAGGGCAGGCCGCGCGGCGCCAACAGUCCGGAGGCGCUAGACGCGCGUCUGGAGCGGGACCUGGCCGCCGCCCGGCAGAGCGGCGAGCCCGUGGCUCCCCUCCUCUCCCACCUGCUGGCCCGCCACAUCAGCCGCAAACGGGUGGACCAGGCGCUGAAGGUCAAACAGGAGCUGCUGGAUGCCGGCGAGCAGCUGACUGUGAGCCAGCUGAGCGGCCUGUUCAACAUCCUCGUGGACGCCGAGAGGCUGGACGAGGCCCGCCAGGCCUAUAACGAUAUUCUGGCGGCCGAGCCGGGCGCUCUGAGCGACCACCGCGUGCUGCGGCUGGCGAGACUCAUGGUCGCCAACGAUAAAGUGGACGAGGCGGUGCAGUUCCUUCAGACCCAGCCACGCGACAGCCGUCAGGACCACAAGCGGGACGACCGUCCGUUCUUCAUGGCCGCCUGGCGGCUUUUGAACGGUCCGGCGCAGCGCGGUAAGCCGGAGGACGUACGCCAACUCCUGCGGGUUCUGAUUGACGACCGGUACGUCAUGGAACCCAACCGCGCUCUGCUGGCCAUGCUCGUCAAAGCGCACCUCGCCAAUAAUGACACUGUCGGUGCCAUGGAUGAGAUGGAGAGAAUCCAUAAGGAGUACCGUCAGCUUCCGUGGCGGAGUCAGAUGAUGGCUCAGCUGAUCAAGGAGGAGAAUACGGAUCAGCUGCAGAGACUGUUGGAUCUGAGCAUGGAGACGUACGGCGAGAUGGACGCCCUGUACGACCUGGCCUUCAGCUUCAUCGAGUGCGGCAAGAUGCGGCAGGCCAAGAAGGUGCUGGACACGCCUGGACUCAGGGCUCGCUCGCACCGUCUGGAGCAGAUCUGCGAGCGUUACGUCGAGGAGGGCCGCAUUGCCGAGCUGGAGAACCUGAUUGCCGUCACGCGGGACGUGUUCGGGUUGGACCGUCUGCGUCUGUACGGUCACCUGCUGCGCGCGCUGUCGGCCGCCGAGCAGCCGGACCGGGCGCUGGUGCUGUGGACUCAGCUGCAGGAGGAGGGGCUGGCGGCACCGGACGACAUGCUCCGGGAACUGGCGGCGCUUCUGAGGCGCCACGGGAGACCGGUGCCGUUCAGUGAGCCGGGUCCGCCGCUGGAGACGGGAGGAGGGGAACUGGCGGCGGUGGGACAGCAGGUGCCGCUGCACCAGCCCCCGCCGCCGCAGGUGCCGCAGGAGGGACAGAACAGACAGGGGAGGAGGCAGAACGCGCAGAGACAGUCUCCGGCCGCCUCCACUCCCGCCGAACCACCGCAGAACACGAUCAAGAGCCAACUGAAACGCGCAAUCAAAGCCCAAGCAAUCGACGAGGCACUGCAGUACCUGCCGCAGAUGGAGGCAGAGAAGGUGGAGCCGUCCAUCCACGACCUCUCACUGCUGGUGGAGCUACUGGUCCGUAACGACCGGAUGCAGGAGGCCGUGCGCCUCACCACCGAAAUGCUGGGACGCAACACCUUCCCCCAGCCGCGCGUCUUCAAGUUCCUAAUGUCACGCCUGUCUGCUGACGGUGAUGUGGAUGGCAUCACUGCCGUCGGCGCCCACCUGAAGGAUGAGCUCAAAUCGGCCACAUCGUACGACAACCGCCUGUGUACCGCCUACCUGAACGCCGGUCGCGGAGAGGAGUUCCUGGAACAUCUGGAGGAGGUGUGCCGGAAACCACAGCCGACAGAAGACAGUGGCACCUACGUGUUCCCGGCCGGCGGGUUCCUGGGGAUGCUGCGAGGCCUGCCGCAGCUCUACCCUCGCUGUGUGAAGCUCGCCGAGAACUUUGCCGAGCGAGGUGUAUUGGGAGCGGCCAACAUGCUCUGGGUCGACCACUUUGUCAACGAACGCUACAACGAGGCACAACAGAUCUUCGACAAGUUCCUGCGCAACCAAGACAUCGUCCUGUUCAGAGGUGUUAUUGAGAAGGCGACCGAAUCUGGAAACUUGGAGAUGACUCGACGACUCUACGAAAUGCUCCAGCCCACAAAGAUAUCACACGGAGCCAAGGCUGUCGUCGUCUCAGCAGUUGUCAACCUGACCCUGGACCGAGAAGGCCCCCAGGCGGCCGUCGAGCUCCUCCGCAGCAGUGGAUUCUCUCCCGAUGACCUGAAGAGCGCCGUGGCUGAUCGGCUGCGGACUGAGGCUGCAAACCACGGACUGAACCUGCCGCCCGCUGUACCUCGCACCACACCCGCUGACGGCCCAGCGCCGGCCGACGCGGGGAGCAGUCAGACAGCGGCGGCAGCGAGCACAUCACAACCAGACUCGAGUGCGGCGCCGAAGCCUCCCGCGGCCGCGGCGGCGACCCCUCCAACACCGGCCGCCCCUCCCGCGGAUCCCUCGGCCCGCUGAGAGUGCCUGCGGCGCGACCGUAAGAGUGCUAGUGAAAGACAACGGUGUGACGUGAACGCGAGAGAGCGGAUGGUAGUGGUACAUAGUUCGUGCCCCCUCGGGCCGAGGAAGCGCAUACAGUCCAACGGGUGAAUCCCGAGGUUACUGGUGAACAGUAACGCUUCUGCUCGUAGGUGAAAUAUUUUUUUGAAGCUGUGCGACAUUUUUGUUGCGAUUUAUGUAGUCGGAAGCCCGCUGUGCGCUGUAGGCUUGAAUGCGGCUCUUUUUCUAGUCGUGGCAGGUCCCUUGGCAGUGAACUGAGGAUGUGCCGUCGACUGGGUAUUAGACGGUGUGUGAAAUGUUCGAGUGAGAGUGGGCAUUACCAUCGUGUAGAAACGGCAGGGCGGAGGAACACACGCGGCAUCCUCGAUCCGGCGCCGGCGGCAGGGAUGGAGGGCGCCGAACGUCUCAUUCUCAUCAGAACAGCACAGAAUGGUUGGUCAUUACGUGAAUAUGAGACACGUAGUAAAUAUACUGAAUGAGCGACAA